AUCUCUGUGGGCCCCAUCUCUGUGGACCCCAUCUCUGUGGGCCCCAUCUCUGUGGGCCCAUCUCUGUGGACCCAUCUCUGUGGACCCCAUCUCUGUGGACCCCAUCUCUGUGGACCCCAUCUCUGUGGGCCCCAUCUCUUUGGACCCCAUCUCUGGUGGACCCCAUCUCUGUGGGCCCCAUCUCUGUGGGCCCAUCUCUGUGGACCCCAUCUCUGUGGGCCCCAUCUGCCAUCAACAUCUACAUUUGUCCUUUGACCAUUCACCUCCAAGGUCAUGUGUCGCCUGUCGAUGACCUCGCUGUUCGUCUACUUCUGGUUGGUGGAGAGGGGUCAGUGUGACGCCUUCAGCCUUCAAGACACCAUGGGAGAGCUGCACACAGAGUUCGCCGUCAGCCUUUACCAAACGCUCACCGAGACAGAGAACAACUCCAACUUGAUCGUGUCGCCGGCGAGCGUCUCGUUGUCCUUGGGUCUUCUGCAGCUGGGCGCCCGCGGCAACACGCUGGCGCAACUGGUGGCCGCACUGGGAUAUGACAUCAACGAUAUGCAGGUGCAGGACUUCCUGUUGCAGUCGCAGUGGGAUGUGGGUAACUCCAGUCACGGGGUGCGGCUCCGGCAGGCCUGCGUCCUGUUCGUCCAGAGCGGCAUCCAGCUACUUCCUGUUUUUACCCAGCAUGCAGCAGCCUUGGGCAACAGCAGUCUGGUGCGAGCCAACUUCAGCCAGCCCAACCACAGCCGAAGCCAGCUGCAACAGUGGGGAMGCAACCACGGMACCGGUGAGCCCCUCCAGUCCGGUGGCAGCGGGGAGCUGUUUGGGUCUGGCGAGGCUCAGGAAGAAGCCUUGCGGUGGGGCCAGCGGCUGCAGAUGGCCCUGGUCAACACUGUGAACUUCCGGGGAGUGUGGCAGAAACARUUCCUCUUCACUGACACCCAGAACCUUCCCUUCACCCUGUUGGAUGGCAGCACCAUCAAGGUGCCCAUGAUGCACCAGGCCACAGAGGUCAACUUUGGUCAGUUCCGCACCUCGUCAGACCAGCGCUACACAGUUCUGGAGCUGCCGUACCUGGGCCGCUCCCUCAGUCUGCUGGUGGCUCUGCCCAGUGACAGGAAGACACCACUGUCCUCGCUGGAAUCCCAGCUGACCCCCAGCGCUGUGGCCACCUGGGACACUGGCCUCCGUAGAACCAAGAUGGAUGUCUUUCUCCCCAGGUUUAAAAUGCAGAACAGGUUCAACCUGAGGUUGGUUCUGCCGUCAAUGGGGGUCAGUGACGCCUUCAAUCCAAUGGCAGCAGACUUCACUGGACUCUCAGCGGAGGAGGACCUAUAUGUGUCAGAUGCCUUUCAUGAGGCCAGGAUAGAGGUAACAGAGGACGGGACCAAGGCAGCUGCAGUAACAGCUAUGGUGCUACUCAAACGAUCCCGAACUCCCGUCUUCAAAGCAGACAGACCUUUCUUCUUCCUCCUGCGACAAGUCAGCACAGGAUCUGUUCUAUUCAUGGGGCGUGUGGUGAAUCCAGCUGAUCAGGCACCCAAGGACCCCCUUACCUCCACCCUAGUACCCCCUUACCUCCACCCUAGAACCCCCUUAACUCCAACUAGGACUCCCCCUAGGACCUCAACCUAG